AUGCUUCACAGGGCAGCUGCAGAGAGUCUUAUCCAGUACAAUUACUACAUUGACAACAUGCCUACGAGUGACGUUCCUGGAUUAGACGAAGUUCAAUACAAACGCGUUUUGGACAAGGCUCUGAGCUGCCCAAGGACCCGCGGCUGCAAAACAGCAACAGUAGAUUGUCUGUUAAAGGAAGUCAACAGCUGCUUCGCCAGAGCAAUGAACAAAAUCGCCUUCGACAUAUUUCUGGACAGAAGCAAGGACAAACGGUUACGAACAGACCUCCAGUUACCACCUGUCCCUAAGCCACCACCACCAGCGUGCAAUAAGCCAAGUACGUGCCACCAGUUCGUCGAUGCGCUCCAAGAGGAACUCAGGGGACUCGUGAGGCGCCCCAGUAAUUGUCCAGCGCACUGUUUUGUCUUGGUGUUCGAUUUAUUGACACAGGCUACAUACGUUUUGCAAGAGGUGUGGACUUCCAAACUGCACCAAAUAAUAGAGUCAAACCUGCGUCAUGUUGGUAAAGGGUGGUUCAAUAUCUAUGAGUUCAACAAGGAAACAUACGAAUACGGGAAGAUCAAACGGAUGCUAAUCUUGACCCGACUUUUGAUGCGAGAUGCACUUCGGAUUACGAGAAUGGCUGAUAUUCCUCAACCUGAAACGAUAGUACUUCCACACCUUUUUAAAAGCCAGCAGAAACACAUUGCCGCUCCAUUUGCUUUGGAAGAAGUUUCAGUGCAGGGGAGCAAGCAGACUAUUUUGACGCUUAUAGAAUCGCAUACUCCUCAUUUGAAGCAGCUGGUAGACCAAUUUGAGCCUUUCGUUGACAUCCUGUCCCUCUCGUCAGAAGACGUUGUAGCCGAGACGGAGCAACGAGCUGCAGUAGGUAGCGUGGCUGAAGCAUUCAAGCAGGCCAUUCUGGGAUACCAUGAGGUACGUAUCAUGCGCGUCUAG